GAGAGAGAGAGAGAGAGAGGAGGACAGAGAAAAUUGAGAUUGGGAUUUUCUCUUCUUUUUAAUUGUAUUUGCAAGGGUUGGGGACUUAGGAAGAAUUGGAUCCGUACAUCUUAAAGGAAAAAAAACUUUAGUGUUUAAGCUGUUUAGACGGGUUGGAUACGAACUCUCGGUCUAUCAGAAAAAAAUAGGGUUAGGGUGUCGUUAUUGAUGGACGAGAUCUGGGAGAGAGCGGUGGAGACAGCGCUAGAUGGACACACCGACCGCACGGCGACUCGGACCUUGACACUUGACGGUGCGGUGAAGUGUGUUCAAGGUCGACUCCCGCCGCCUAGUCUCUUGGAAAAAUUUGAGAAUCUUGAACACCUUUCCAUCGCCAACAUAGGGGUUUCAUCCCUAGAACAGUUUCCUCGUCUACGAAAUCUCCAGAAGCUUAUCCUUUCUGAUAACAGAAUAGCCGGUGGACUUGAGUUCCUCGUUGAAGCUGGCCUUGACUCGCUUCGAGACCUCGACUUGUCCAACAAUCGGAUUCAAUAUAUUGAGGAUCUUGCCCCGCUUGCUCAGCUUAAGCUUGUUUCGCUCGAUCUUUAUCAGUGUCCAGUUACCAGAGUUAAGGAUUAUCGUUCUAGAGUUUUUGGUUUGAUUAAAUCGUUGAAAUAUUUGGAUAAAAUGGACGCUGAGGGGAAUGAAAGGCCGGAAUCGGAUGAGGAGGAGGAAGAUGAAGAUGAAGAGGAGGAGGAGGAUCCAGGGAGUGGGGAAAUCGAUGGAGAGGAUCGGCCCAACAGAAUGAAUAAUGGGCAUAGUAAAGAAGAGGAAGGGAUUGCUGAUGAGGAUGAAGAAGAUGAUGAUGACAGUGAUGCUGAUGAAGAAGAGACUGAAAUUGGUAGAAGAGUAAAUGUGCAGAGCCAUGAGGCCAACAGGUUUCGUAUAGAGCAAGUAGGGAGAGAUGAUGAUGAAGACGACGAGGAUGACGAUGAUGAGAAUGUUUCAGAUGAGGAAGUUGAUGAUGAUGAUGACGAUGAAGAGGAGGAAGAAGAAGAUGUUGUGGAAGGUCAUGAGAUUGGGGGUAGUGAUGACGAGGAAGAUGGGGUUGAGGAUGAUGACGAGGAAGAGGUGGAUAAUGAUGAUGUAGAUUUUACUGAGCCAGGGAGUGCUAGGGGUUUGAUGAGCACAGAAGGGGAGAUUGAUGGGCAUGAACAUGGAGAAGAUGAUGGGGAUGAUAAUGGUGAGACUGGUGAGGAAGAAGAGCAAGGUGUUGAAAAUGAUGAGGAAUUUGAUGAUGAAGAAGAGGGCGAAGAGGAGCAGGAUGAUUAUGGUGAAGGAUACCUGGUUCAACCAGUGGGCCAAGCUGAAGAACAUGAUGCCAGAGGUAGUGGUAUGGAGCAGAUGAAUGAAGAAGAAGAUGCAGAAGAGGAGGAAGAAGUUGAAGAUGAUGAGGAAGUGUUGCCAUCGUCUUCACAGAUUAAGAGAAAGAGAAGUGGCGAUGCAGAGGAAGACGUGGAUGAUGAUGAUGAUGUUGUUGAGUUCGCAAAGUCAUCAAAGAAGCAUGGUUAACUUUUUUUUUUUCCCGAAUCCGGAGUUAGAUGUUUAUGUUAAAAGCUUAGAAAAGCUUUGGAACAGGGGGAUUUGAUGUUAAAAUGAUAGUGACUGUUGUUGUUGGAACCAAAACAUUCAAAAAGUCGUUAGCAAAAUUUGUUCCUCCCGCUGGGCUUUUUUAUU